CUAAAAACAAGUCUAUAGUCUAUACCUAUUUAGGAUAUUGUCUAUGGGCAUCGAGUAGCGAAUGUGUGCGCUGCCAUUUUCUAUUGAAUUGAAAUAUUGAGAAAAAGCUAUUUUGAAAAAAGCAUCAUGCCUGAGAUGAUCAAAUCGCCCGCCGACAUCAAAACUGCACCUUUCGACCCGCGGUUCCCUAACCAGAACCAAACAAGGUACUGCUACGCCAGCUACCUGGACUUCCACCGUUGUCAGAAGGUGCGCGGCGAGAAGUACGAGCCAUGCUACUACUUCCAGCGCUGCUUCAAAUCUCUAUGCCCCAAUGAAUGGGUUGAGAAGUGGGACUCCCAACGCGCCGAGGGUACCUUCGCUGGAAGGAUUUAAAGUAUUCCACUGGUCGCCGCUGACUUGUUAAUUUAUGCGAGUUUUAUUUUUAUUUAGGCCCAAUUAUGUGAUUUAGGGAAUAAAUGUGUUGAUUCCA